AUGGACGCCCUCUCCGCGCUCCUCUCCGACCUCCGCCUCCUCCACUCCGAGUCCCGCUCCGCCCACUCCCCCAAGCUCCUCGGCGACCUCUGCGACCGCGUCGACUCUGACGUCGCCGCGAUCCUCCGCACUGUCCACUCCAGCAAGGCGCAGCUCGAAGCCCUCGACGACUCCAACGCCGCGCGCCCUCUCCCCGCGCUUCGCCCGGGGACCUCCGUCGACCGCACCAGGGUUUCGGUCACCCACGGGAUCCGGGCGAAGCUUCGCGACGCCAUCCUCUCCGACCACAAGGAGACCCUGAAGCAAAACUACUACAACGCCACGGGCGAGCUCGCCUCCGACAAGGUGCUCGACGAAAUGCUCAAGUGGAGCGGCGACCCAUGGAUCCGCCGUGGUCCUCGCCGGGCGCGGCCGCACCUUCUGCUUCGGCGUCGACCUCACCGCCGUUGA